ACGAUUAUGCCAUUCGCACGUGUGAUAUUGUAGUUUUAUUUCUCAAUUAAUAAAUUAAAAAUGACCGAAGACAGUGAAAAUAGUGAUAACGCUAGUGAACAUUCAACAGAAGAAACGGAAGAACAAGCGGAUGAUGUUACAAGUGAAAACAAAGAUGAGAAAGAAGAAACUGUAACGUUUAAAGAUCUGGGCGUUGUUGAUGUGCUAUGCGAGGCUUGUGGAGAAUUGAAAUGGAAAAACCCAUCAAAGAUCCAAAAAGAGGCGAUACCUGUUGCAUUAGAAGGCAAAGAUAUAAUUGGUCUCGCAGAGACAGGGUCUGGUAAAACGGGUGCUUUUGCAUUACCAAUAUUACAAGCAUUAUUGGAAAACCCUCAGAGAUAUUUUGCAUUAAUUCUGACACCUACAAGAGAGUUGGCAUUCCAAAUAUCUGAACAAUUUGAAGCACUUGGAGCAAGUAUUGGUGUGAAAUGUGCAGUGAUUGUGGGAGGUAUGGAUAUGGUAGCGCAGGCUCUGAUGCUCUCUAAGAAGCCGCACAUCAUCAUAGCCACCCCGGGACGUCUGGUUGACCAUUUAGAGAACACUAAAGGAUUUAAUUUAAAGGCACUUAAGUUUUUGGUUAUGGAUGAAGCAGAUCGUAUAUUAAAUAUGGAUUUUGAAGUGGAAGUAGACAAGAUUUUGCGUGUAAUUCCUCGUGAGAGAAGGACAUACCUGUUCUCAGCUACGAUGACCAAGAAAGUACAGAAGCUACAAAGAGCUUCUCUCCGGGACCCUGUGAAGGUGGAGGUGUCAACUAAAUACCAGACUGUGGACAAAUUGCAGCAAUACUACCUUUUUAUACCUUUGAAAUAUAAGGACGUAUACCUGGUGCACAUAAUCAACGAGCUGUCGGGCAACUCGUUCAUAGUGUUUGUGUCGACGUGUGCGGGCGCUCUGCGCGCGGCGCUGCUGCUGCGCGCGCUGGGCGUGGCCGCGGUGCCGCUGCACGGACAGAUGUCGCAGCAGCGCCGCCUCGCCGCACUCAACAAGUUUAAAACUAAAGCACGAUCGGUGCUUAUUUGUACUGAUGUUGCUUCCAGAGGUCUGGACAUCCCGCAUGUAGAUGUGGUUGUGAAUUUGGACAUCCCGCUGCACAGCAAGGACUACAUCCACCGCGUGGGACGCACAGCACGGGCAGGGAGAGCCGGCAAGGCUAUCACCUUCGUCUCACAGUACGACGUGGAGCUGUACCAGCGCAUCGAGCAGCUGAUCGGCAAGCAGCUGCCGCUGUACCCCAGCGAGGAGAGCGAGGUGCUGCUGCUGCAGGAGAGGGUCGCGGAGGCGCAGCGCCUCACCAAGAUUGAAAUGAAGGAAUUAGAAGACAAGAAGAGUCAGAAGGGCAAGAAGCGCGGCGCGGAGUCGGACGACGACACGGAGGAGGCUGCGGGCGUGCGCCGCCGCAUGCGGGGACACAAACACGCGCGCGGGGGAAAGAGGAAACGAUGAUUACACAUUAUAACCAAUAUU